UUUUACUAUAUACUAGUGGUUUCCUCUUUACUUCUUCAGUUCUUUCUGAAUAACCAGAGAAAGAAAGAGAGAGAAGGAGAAACACCCUCAGAAAAUCAUGACAAGUUGCUUAGCAUGCACCAGAAUUGGGAGAGAUUGUCCUGAGAAUUGUUUACUGGCCAAACAUAUCAAUUCUGUUGAAGUAAUGCAAACUGUGGAAGGACAUUUUGGUAGUUUAGCUAAUUUCAUCAGAUUAGUCGAAGCUGGGGCGUCUAAUCGUGAAAAAGCAGCACAGACCUUGUUGCAUGAAGCGACAUGUCGAAAGAAGGAUCCUGUGUUGGGUGUAUUAGGUGUUGCUCGAAGGGCUGGUGCGCAUCUUAAAACUGUAUAUCUCGCUUCCACACAACCAGCAACUUCACCUCUGGCAGUAGAGCGUCCUGUUAACCAAGGGAGUUCUAGUAAUAUUGAUACUGUAGCAGGUCAAUUUCCGUCCACCGAUGACCUACCUGGAUCAAGUGUGACUGCUGAAAUGGAUGAGCUCAUUGCUGCUGCUGCUGCUGAAGUCCCAAAGAAUGCUGGAUUAGAAGCGUUCAUUAGUGCUGCUGCUAGAGACCCAACCGUACCCAUUGAAGAGUUGUCAAGGUUCAUUGAUAUUACAGAAAAGGAAGUCUGGGAUAUUAUAAACGAGGAGAAUCCCAACCAGCAGUAAAUUUCUACUAGUUCAUUUCGUUGUUUGUUUUUUAAUGAUUUUGUUUUGAGUAGUAGUACCUAGCAGCCUAGCUGUCUGAGCUUCAAAGAUUAUGGGUUUACGUUUUAAUUACUGUUGUGGUUUUUACAUUUUACUGUUGUCAAAACUUUUAUUAAACGAUGUCUCUAUAUCUUGUUCAUUACAUUUUAUUAUCAAAGUCUCAGCCAUUUUUCUGUUAA